UAACCUUAAAAAAAUGAAGAUUGGUGCUCAAUCAUUAAAUAAAAACUAAUUUAAGAUAACAAUUCACAAUUUGUUACAAACAAACUAAAAACCCUAUUUGUAUUUAAAAUAAACUUUUCUUUUAAAAUCGUAUCGAAAAGUUAUCGAUAAAACGUUUAUUAUCGAAACGGGACUCAAGCAAAUCGUCGUAAAUUUCUUUUCACUGGAGAAUGAUGCAAAAACUUCUUUGUUUCAAACAAAUUUUUGUACAAAAACUCAAGCAAGCAAGCAAUAGAAUAAGCAAAAAAUGUGAACAUAUUUGUGUAAUGUGUAAGUAGAAUGUCAUAAUUUAUUAUAAGGUCACUUUACAUUGGAGCUGUGCUUCAAAAUUGUAAUUACGAAAGUGUUGCUAAAAAAAUUUGCUCAACCACACUGAAAUGUUCAAGUUUUGAAGAAUAUACCUAUGUGUAAAUAAACAAAUUGAAAAUGGAUGUGCUUUGCAAUGAAAUUGGUAUAAACAUACAGCAUUUGUGUGAAACCCCUGUAUCUGGUCGUUAUCAAUUGAUUUGCGAUAAGCAAUGGUUACAAACGUUAGAAACGCGUCGCAAAAUCGCUCCAUUCAAUGUAUGGCAAAAACUUGAUAGACGCGCACAUCCAAGUGAUCCCUUAGAUCAUCCAUGGACGAAGAUUUUAUUGCAAACUUAUUUAAAGAAACCAAAUGUAAAAGUAUUCCCUCUACAAUGGCAAAAUGGCGAAGGAGGAGGCAUAGAACCAGCUGUAGAGGCUGAGAGCAACAAUCCACUCACAUAUUCUCAAGCAAUGUGCUAUGUAACCAAUACAAAUUUCAAAAAUCUUUGGGAGGCUGCAUACAAACGUUAUCCAGGCGCUAACGUUAAGUAUGCCAAAUCAUCGACACCAGCUGGUAGAACAUUAAGCCCUCCUUCGGCUUGCAGUCUUGUUUCUUAUGAUGUAGUGUUGAAAGAAUUGAUACAACGUGUAUACAAUUGUCCUGUCAUACAUUGCCAGCAAGAUCGGUUAAUUGCGGAUCAAGCAUGCGAAAGCAAUAACGGAGUUAUGUUCACAGAGGACGCUAAUGGUACUGAUCGUCAUGCGAAUAUAAUGCCAGCACUCAUCACCAUAGAGACUUCAACUCGUUUUUGCGUAUUAUUUUAUCCUCCCGCCAUUGUUACAAGUCUUUACGAUUGCAUAACUUAUUCACCAUCUAUAUUGGGUAAAUCCUACAACAAGUCGCUCUUUAUUAUCUAUCAGAUAAUACAGCUUUCGAAGGCGCUACAAACGGCUGGACUUUUCUUGGGUGAUAUACGUCUGCAUGAUAUAAUGGUGCGUGAAAAUCUGUGGAUACAAGUACUACCACGUCUAGAGUCUUGCAUAUUACGACCAAAUCUGGCAGAACGUGGUGUCACAUCACCAAGCGAAACUGCGCACGGUGUGGAUGGCGAGAAUUCCGUGGCUUUAGAAGAACAUGAAAAUGGUAGUUAUAUUUGUGGUGGCAUUGCCGAAGAUGGCGACGACGACACUGUUGAUUGCUCCAGCAAUACCAAAUUCGAUUUGCAAUUCGCUUAUGAUUUGGAGCAGUUUACGUUGCGCGAAUACUGUGAAAUGUGGUGCAAUGGACAACUUUCUAAUUAUGAUUAUCUAACGAUAUUGAAUAAUGCUGCCGGUCGCGGAGUUAAUAACCCGGCCUAUCAUCACAUAAUGCCAUGGGUAACUGAUUUUACCGCACGCAAUGGUCUGAAUUGGCGUGAUUUAAGCAAAAGCAAAUAUCGAUUGAACAAAGGUGAUGUACAUUUGGAUUUAAUGUUUUCACAUACCACCCAUCAAGGCGUAAAUGGUGUAGGAAGUGCCGCAAGCAGUCAGAUACCGCAUCAUGUGUCAGAUUUUCUUUCCGAAAUCACCUACUUUGUUUAUAUGGCACGACGCACACCGCAAGAGGUGCUCUGCCAACACGUGCGUCCCAUUUGGGUGCCUGCCGAAUAUCCCGUGUCCAUACAACGCUUGCAACAAUGGACACCGGACGAAUGUAUACCUGAGUUCUACUCCGAUCCAAUGAUUUUCAAGAGUAUACACGAAGACUUGCCAGACCUGGAGUUGCCUGCUUGGGCGUCAUGCCCUGAAGAUUUCAUUGCAAAACAUCGGGAAGCUUUGGAGUCACAGUAUGUUAGUGAGAGGCUACAACACUGGAUUGAUCUCAAUUUUGGCUACAAAUUAACCGGCAAGGCUGCUGUCAAAUCAAAGAAUGUAUGUCUGAGUUUGGUGGAUCAACAUAAAGAGCUCUGCCAACGUGGUAUUGUGCAACUGUUUACCACACCACAUCCCGCCAAACGUUUUCCGUCACCAUGGUUUAAUAAAACACCACCACGUCUCAAUCAAUUCUAUACUGCGCCGCAUUCACCACGUUCCGCCAACUCUACACUGCGCGCCAACGAAUCAAGACGUCUUGCCAAAAGCACAGAGAAUCUAAAUGUUAGUGGUGCAACCACUACGCUUCCAACAGAGCUCGCUGCAGCCACAACUUCGUUACGUCGUUCGGGUGCUUCGUCAUCCUCACCGCGUAUGUCCUUACGCGUAAAUAACACAACAAGCGAUGCUCUGUCGUCAAAUUCAAAUUUCUACCCCAGCACCAAUUUCAUUGACUUGCCAAAAGAUUACAAUCCAUGUGCGCUCCUCCAAUCGCUCGAAACAAUUGAAACAUUCUUCGCACGCACUUUUCCCAAACAGAAGCCAGCAUCGAACACUUUGGAAAAGAUCAUACACAGUGAUAUGCUGUUCGAUGCACACUCCUCGGAAAACUCAUUUACCAACCGUCUUUUCCUCGAUGAUAAUCCGAAUGCUAGCAUACCGACCAUAACACAAAAUAAGCAGAAACCAAAAAGUCUACUGGCACCAAGCCCAACCUACCUAAAGAAGCGUUCAAUGCAACAGCUGCUACACGAGAACCGCGAACGUGAGCUCCAAAUAUUGGGCUGCCUCAUUGUAGAGCUGUUUGCCAUGCAGCGUCUGCGCGCAAUGCUCAUGAACGGCGUGAAUGCAAGCAACGAAGAACGUCUCGCCGCGUGUCGCACUGUGGCCAGCUUACACCGUCAUGACAUACCGAAGUGUUUGCGUUACACUGUCGGUUUGUUGUUGCAACCGCAGUGCGCCGUAGUGACCACUGACAAAGGACUGCCGGCGCCAACAGCCACCCAGCUACUCGAACCGAUUUUCGCCAAUCAAUUGAUACCGUUUCCAUGUAAUUUCUAUGCGACAUAUGCGCUUAUACGCGCCUUGCAUCAAUUCGAUUUGAAUUCCUCGCUACUCGAGUUGUGCACACACUUCAACUGCAAUGGGCGUGAGUGCGCCAAAUACACCGACAUGGAUCGCCAGCGUGUGUUAUUUGAACGCAAAAUAGCCGAGUGCAAAGUGAUGUCGUGCUGUGUCUACAUCGGUCGUUUGUUAGAGCCCAUUGGGUAUGAGCAAUUUUCACCAGUCGAACUGCUGUUGCCGCACAUUAUUGAUUUGCUGUUGGAUGAGCAAACCUCCAUAUUGACUGCGUGGAAUUUAUUUGAUUCCGUGGCACAAGCGCUCGGCAUUGUCAAUACACAAAAGUACCUGUUAUUGCCCAUAAUGAAGCUGUACGAUGUGGAGAGCUUUGAACGCGGCAUGAUUUCUGUGCGCACGCGCAGCAUGGAUGCGAGCAGUGCCACCGGCGGACAAGUGCGCUUCUCAAUGAGCAGUUCGUUUAAGUCGCGUAAAUCCGUUAAGCUGUACCAUCAUAGUUUUCUGUUGCAUUUGAUUGUGCGCUUCGGCUUGAAAUGUUUUCUACAUAAUUUCAUUGCGCCACUCAUUGAGGCUGUUGGUGGUUACAAAGAACCGGAAGAUGGUAACGGUUUCCAUUAUCAUAGCUCCACGAAUAAUGGCGGCGGUGGCAGUCGUCGUACGAGUCGGAAUUUAAAUUACGCCUCGACAGAAGAUGACAUUUCGUUGACACUUAUGUCAACAGAACGCACGGACCAAAGUGUAGAUGAUGCGACACUGCAUGUUAAAGUACCUGCAACAAAACAGGAGGUUGAGGACGUUUUCAGUUUUGAUGAUGAUGCCAACUCGGAUCACAUAUCAAAUUCUGGAACAAGUGAAAAUAAAUCGCUCGACUCUUUUGACAUGCGUCCUGCACCAGCCGAAGAAGCUAAAGAGGAUUACAACCAAAGCGAAACAGCAUCGGAAAACUUAGCAAUUUCCGAAAUCAUCUACGGUACAAAAAUGUCAAGCGCAUCAUUGGAAGAUGCCGAUAAGUUAUCCCUGCACAGUCAAUGCGCAACUGAUUCACCCACCGCACAACUGGGCGCCAAAUCGCCCACAAUUGAAAUACCUGCCAGCGCAAUCAGGCGUAGUUAUCAAUUAAACACCAUCGACUGUGACAUUGGUUCACGCAAAAGUAUCGAUUCAUUCGAGAUUAUAACACAAGCAGUGGAAGAGGAGCAAAAGCAAUUGAAAUCGCAGCAAAAUGCUGCCGACAAAGUGCAGCUGCAGGCAGAGCAUAAGGAGUCCAAGUCGGAAGAGGAAAGUGAAAUGCAAAAACAAGUUGCGCUGGACUCUUUGCAAGCAUCGGUAAUUUCGAAAAUGUCCGAAGCCAAAGCAGCGCAAAAUAAUCGCAUCUCUGAAAUGAGCGCUGGUAGCUUGAUGUGGCUGGCACAUCGUCUGGGACCAGCAUUAACUUCGCGUUACAUAACACGUAAUUUGCUUAAAAUGCUGUCGCUGUGCUAUGUUGGUCAGGAGAAUUUGCUACCCGAAACGCACGAGCAAGCUGAGUCGUGUAAUUUGAAUUACUUUUCCAUGUCCGAUGCGCAUGUUGUGGGCGAUCGCAGUGCAGCGCGUGUCUUGGACUGUCUGAUGUCUAUAGCGGCAUUAUUCGGCGAAGAAGUGAUACUCAUACAAUACUUUCCACAUAUAAGCGAACUGAUCGCUUUGGGCUCGAAACGUAUAACCCCCAGUCUCGAAGGCGCUAUUAUAAGCACACUACAAUUACUGAAAUACCUGGUGCCUUGUAUGAUAGAUGCCACUAUAAUGGAACACUUGAAGGAAACAAUACUCAAAAAUAUGCUAUUGCCAAUAGUACGUAUAUUGGGCUCGACACGUCUGCUCAUGCCCAGCGGCUAUUUGGGUCGUUCGGUUUUGGCUCGCAAAUGGUUGGAUGCAGUCUAUACGCUCUGUGUGCGUAUCGGUCCAGAUAUGUCUAAAGAGCAUUUAUGCCUACCGACGCUCAGACCGUUUUUCCUUAUCUUCGACAAGGCUUUCGGUAUACGCGAACAAUUUGAAAAUCAAACUUUGGGUCAACUCUCGAUAUCACCACCUGUAAGUUGCUUUGGAAAUGAUGACGGCGCGAAUUCCAGACGUGAACGCGAAGAGAUACGAGACGUGUUCAGUCCUGCGCUUGCGCACAUCUCGUAUUUGUCGUUCUUACGCUUUUUGGGCGAGGCCAUAAUGCAACGUACCAUUUGUAAUUUGGAAUUUAUCUUGACACUUUGCCAUGAAUUUGAGCAACCCGACUAUAAAUCGCUGCAAACCGCCAAUAAUAAGUCGCACAAUGAUACGGUGGACAGUCCAUCAAAGUGUAAUGAUAAUUUAACGGCACCAGAGUUGUCGGUGGCCAAUAGUUUUGGCACAAACGUAAUUGGCAAUCGUCUAGAGGUGGUCAGUGGUGGUGGUGGUACGUGCAAUCAAUCGCAACAAGAAGUUGGUCCCAUGGAGGUUUUAGAUAUGGUCGCAUACAAAUUUGAGCACGUACCGACAGUGCGACAUUUGAAGGGCAAUUGGUUGGCUUAUUGGCGGCAUGAAAUCAGUCGUUCGGAUAAGGAUACCAUGUUGAAUUUAAAACAAAUCAAAUUACAAUCCUUCGUGGGACACACCAAUUCAGUGCGUUCGAUUUUGGCAUUAGACAAUGAGAACAGUUUCAUUUCGGCUUCCAAGGAUAAAACCGUUAAAUUAUGGUCCUUACGUAGCGAAGGCGACGGACGCAAAACGACCUCCUGUCAAUUCACCUACACAGCACACAAGAAAUCCAUACACUCACUCGCUUUCCUAGAAGCCUCACGCCAUGUGGUCUCCUGUGAUUCCGGUGUGCACAUCUGGGAUCCAUUCAUCGGACGUCCAUUGGGUGUGCUCGAUGCGCCCAAACACAAUCCCAUAACAGUUGUUAAAGCACUGCCCUCACCGAGUCCACUGAUUAUGGCCGGUACCGCUGAAUCGUCGGUGAAAAUAAUCGAUACACGUUUCAUGCAAUAUGUGAACGAGUGGCGUGUGAGCAACGCGGCCACACAAGGCAAUGCUACAGUGCGUUGUCUAACGGUUGCACCAUCGGGCAAUUGGCUUGCCGUCGGACUCUCCUCGGGCAGUAUUGUUAUGUUGGAUACGCGUACGGGUUGCAUUUUGAAUGCUUGGCGCCCCAUGGAAUGCGAUUUGUUGCAGUUAGCGGCGCCUAAUGAUCAGCAAUUGAUUAGCUCCGCAUUGGAUCACAGUUUGGCAGUUUGGCAUGCAACAGAUGGCAUAUUGCACUAUCAGCUCAAACCACCCGCCGAGCCAGCACACUUCCUACAAACCAUCGAUUCUGAGUUGAUUUACGCAACCACAGGCAAUCGUGUCGGUAUUUAUGCGGACAUUGGCAGUUCGCAUGCCGCACACACAGUGACGAAAUUGCGCACAGAAACAUUUCGUGGUGUGCUCACUUCGUUGGCGGUUUUGCCAUUGAAUCGCACCUUUUUAGCCGGCAAUGAAAGUGGCAAUAUUGUGCUUUUAUGUUAGUUCGUAAAUGUUUUCAAAGCGUACAAAUUAACCAAACAAACAAAAAAAAAUCAAAAUUAUUCGCACUUUAUGGCAAUGGUAGUACUCAUUAGUAUUUGUUCGUAUAUUAUUUAAGCGUGAUUUUUUUCUCCCAAAGAAUACUAAAUUAAUUUCUGUAUUGCACAGUUGUACACUUAAAUGAUGCCUCUCCAUACAAAUGUUACAAAAUAAUUGAUAAUUGAUAAUGAUUUGACGAGUUUUUGUGUAAACAUUCCAAUUAUUUAACUUUAAUAAGCGAAAGUUAUACAUUCAAACUCUUUAGGCUAUUAAGUAUAAGCAGAUCAUAUAGUAUACGUUUAAUAUUGUAUUUUAAUCGAUAACCGAAAGACAAGUAAUAUACAUAUACAAACACAAAUAAAUAUAAAUUUAAAAUAAA